UAGCCAGGCCUAUAAAGCCCACCAUGGUUCUCUACUCCCACCUCCAUCACCUUCUCCCUCACACACUUGUCACACACAUUCGCAUAAACAUAGAGGAGAUUAUGGCAUCUCCAACAGUAGCUACAAAGGAAAUUCCGGACUCACGUCCCAUGAAUGGUGGAGAUGCAGACAAUAGCUAUUUUCAAAAUUCCACUUAUCAGAGAGGAGCAGUAGAAGGUUCAAAAGGUGUAAUUUUUGAAACAAUCCCUGAGAAGCUUGACAUGAACUUACCAAAAACAUUUCGAAUAGCUGACUUUGGAUGUUCUACCGGACCUAACACAUUCUUCGCCAUGAAAAACAUUAUGGAAGCCGUAAUGCUUAAGCACCAAUCCACUCAAGAAGCUAAUCUCCGAAAAACCACCCUGGAAUUCCACGUAUCCUUCAACGAUCAUGUCGACAACGAUUUCAACACCCUCUUCAAGACCUUGCCACCGAACCGACCCUACUUUGCCGUCGGCGUGCCAGGUUCUUUCCAUUGUCAGUUGCUUCCGGAAGCCUCUCUCCACAUCGCGCACUCGUCUUACGCUCUCCAGUGGCUCUCCAAGGUUCCCCCGGAAAUUAUGGACAAAGGCUCUCCAGCAUGGAACAAGGGUAAGAUUUACUGUGCAGGGAACGAGAAAGAGGUCACCAAGGCUUACUUUGCUCAGUUUAAGGCAAACAUGGAUGCCUUUCUAAAAGCUAGGGCUCAAGAGCUUGUUGAGGGAGGGUUGGUGGUGGUUCAAAUCCCUGGUGUUCCCAACUCUAAGGUCCUUCCAUCUCAGAUUGGUGCUGGCCUAAUUUGCGAACUCUUGGGAGAUAGCUUAGCUGACAUGGUGAAGAUGGGAAACAUAACUGAAGAAAAAGUGGACUCGUUCAACUUGCCUCAGUAUUUGCCAAGCAUUGAGGACGUGAAGAUGGUUGUCGAAAUGAACAAGUGUUUUACCAUCGAGAAAAUUUGUUCUUUGAGUCACCCCUCCAACUACGACCCGAGGCCCUUGGAUAUCGAAAGGAAUUGUGCAGACGUAAGAGCUGUCCUGGAGAACCCCAUGCGGGAUCAUUUCGGAAGUGAAAACAUGGACCAACUCUUUCAUCUCUUUGGGCAAAAUCUGCAAAAGAAUCGACUGCUCUACGACAAGGUAGUCCGACAAGAUGUUUACCAUUUUGCCCUUCUAAAACGCAAAGGCAAUAUUUAGCUAAAUCCACCAUAAAUCUAUUUGUGGGUUUGGAAAACAUUGGGUCAUUUUAGUUCUGAAUAAUGGAGGCCACCUCUCUGUCUCCUCGAGGUCUAAUUAGUCCAUGCUCCUGGAGUACAACCAAGUGGCACUACGUGGAUUACUGAAUUGUUACUCCUCCACAAGCCUUUUAUCUUAAUUAAUAUUAGCAUCAUUAUUAUUAUUGAAUUUGCAAUUGGUCGAGCCUAUGUUUCUGUCGUUGGUUGAAAUUAAUAAAAGAAGCUAUGUUUUGUUGCUUUGCUAAGGACAAAUAAACAUGUU